GUCCCCCCCCCGGGGCGGGAGCGAAGCGGCGGGUCCGGUCCCGGCGAUGGAGGACGCGGGGCCGUGCUCGCUGUGCCCCGCCGGGCGGGCGCGCUACACCUGCCCGCGCUGCAACGUGCCCUACUGCUCGCUGCCCUGCUACCGGGCCCACGGCGCCUGCGCGGAGGCCUUCUACCGCCGGCAGGUCAUGGGCGAGCUGCGGGGCCGCGUCGCUUCCCCGGGCCGCCUGGCGGGGGCGCUGCGGCGCCUGCGCGAGCAGCGUGGGGGCCACGACGGCCACCACGACGACGACCAUCACGACGACCACCACGACGACCACCACGACGCCCCCGCCGAGGCGGGCCCGGCCGAGCGUGCGGCCUUGGAGCGGCUGCUGCGCCGGGGCGAGGCGGGCCGCCUGCUGCCCCCGUGGCGGCCCUGGUGGCGGGGCGGGGGCCCGGCGCCGCCCGUCCCGCCCUCCAUCCCGGCCCUGGCGCGGCUCAGCCGGACCCCGCCCUCGCCCCUGCUGCGCUUCCAGCUGCCCAACGUGCUGUUCGCCUACGCGCACGCCCUGGCGCUCUACCACGGCGCCAUGGACGACGACGACGACCUGCUCCCCGAGCUGUGCGCCACCGUGCUGGCCGUCUCCGGGGCCCUGGGCGCCCGCCGCGUCUUCGCCUCCGCCGCCGAGGCCCUGCGGGCCGCCGGCCGCGCGCUGGAGGCCGGGGGGCCGCCGGCCGGGCCGCUGGGCGCCGCGGGGUCGGAGCGGGAGGCGGCCCGCCUCUUGCUGGGGGGCGACGGGGCCGGCCGCAAGGACCACGCGCUGGCCGCCCUGGCCCACCUGGGCCGGGCCCUGGGCCGGGCGCGCCGGCUGGUCCCCGGGGCCGACGGGCGGGAGCGGCUCUACCGCGCCCGCAAGAAGUGCCGCUUCCUCCUCAGCUGGACCAACGAGAACGAGGAGGCCCUGGCGCCGCUGGCCCGGGAGUGCCUCCGGGCCCGCCGGGAACGGGCCGCGGCCGAGGAGGAGGCGGCGGCCCUCGCCGGGGAGCUGGAGCGGCUCUGGGGGGGCCCGACGCCUCCGCCGCCCAAGACGCUCGUCGAGGAACUCGGCUGAGGGGGGGGGGGGGGGGCCGCGGCCC